CACCAUUAGCAGACGACGUGCAUUGAAAUUCAAGAAAAGAAAUCUCGUUCCGUGACGUUUCGCUCUUCACUAAGCUCAUGCUUUUAACGUUUUAAAAUGUCUAAUGACGACAGAGAGUACGCCAUCAUCAACCAAAGAUUGGUGGAAAAAGGAGACAAAGAAAGAUUAAGAGCCGUGCUGCGUGAGCAGUUGAUCAAAUCGGGUUGGCGAGAUGCUCUGAAGCUGGAAUGCCGCAAAGUCGUCCAGGAACAAGGUCUGGACAACAUCAGCGUGGACGAGAUUAUCAAACAGGUGACGCCACACGCACGGGCCACGAUUCCUAGCGACGUCAAACAAGAUUUGCUGAACCGCAUCAAAGAAAUUGUCCAGAACGAGUCUGAUUCAUUCUGAACGAAGCAAGUUAACGUGAAUCGUGAUGUUUUCUAUGAAAAUCGAAUAAUAAAAAUUGCUCCCAUUUGACGAAAAAAA